AUGUCGGCCUCCAAUAUGUUGAAAAAGACAUUCCCUCAGGUCGAUGCUGAGGGCCACAACCUACCCCCUUCUCCUGCUCCGUCGAGCCCUCAUGGAGCUAGACGCUACAAUAUUGCGACGGAGCUCGUCUUCACAGAGAGCAAUGACCAGUACAAUGCCAGCAGUGUCCCGAUCUACCAGAGCGCAACCUUCAAGCAGUCAUCCCACGAGGGAGGAGGAGAGUAUGACUACACCCGGUCGGGCAACCCAACUCGCACGCAUCUCGAACGACACCUCGCCAAGAUCAUGUCGGCGCAGCGCGCCCUCGUUGUAUCCUCUGGAAUGGCGGCUUUGGAUGUGAUUACCCGUCUUCUCCGCCCUGGUGACGAGGUUGUCACUGGUGAUGACCUUUACGGCGGAACUAACCGACUCCUCAAAUACCUCGCGACCAACGGUGGCAUUAUCGUUCACCACGUUGACACCACUAACCCUGACAAGGUGAAGGAAGUCCUGUCUGAAAAGACCGCCAUGGUGCUCCUGGAAACGCCGACAAACCCUCUCAUCAAGAUCGUUGAUAUCCCUACAAUUGCCACUGCGUCGCACGAAGCCAACCCCGGAGCUCUGGUUAUCGUGGAUAACACCAUGAUGUCCCCACUCCUGCUGAACCCUCUCGAUCUCGGUGCGGAUAUCGUUUAUGAGAGUGGAACAAAGUAUCUGUCCGGCCACCACGAUGUCAUGGCGGGAGUCAUCGCAGUCAACGACGCUAGCCUCGGCGAGCGGCUCUUCUUCCCCAUCAAUGCAUCGGGAUGUGGUCUAUCGCCAUUCGACUCAUGGCUGCUCAUGCGCGGAGUCAAAACACUCAAGGUCCGCAUGGACCAGCAGCAAUCUAACGCACAGCGAAUCGCAGAGUUUCUGGAAUCGCACGGAUUCAAGGUCCGCUACCCCGGACUGCGGUCACACCCUCAAUAUAACCUCCACCACUCUAUGUCCCGGGGAUCCGGGGCCGUGCUCUCGUUCGAGACCGGUGAUGUCUCCGUAAGCGAGCGCAUUGUUGCGAACGCGAAGCUGUGGGCUAUCAGCGUUAGCUUUGGCUGUGUAAACAGCUUGAUCAGCUUGCCCUGCCGGAUGAGCCAUGCCAGUAUCGAUGCUAAGACGCGAGCGGAGCGCGCGAUGCCCGAGGACUUGAUCCGGCUGUGUGUUGGUAUUGAAGAUGUAGACGAUCUCAUUGAUGACCUGCAGCGAGCGAUAGCUGCAAUCAUGUCGCGGAGCCUGUCCCCAGAUGCAGCUCUCCCCAUUCCAUCGCGGGAUAGGAAAUGGAAUACCAGUCGCUUAGGAGCGCGACUUGGAGUCGACGUCGUCAGUGCAGCAACAGCUGGUGUCCUGACGUGUCCCGUCAUCACAGUGAUUGAUCGAGCCAUCAUCGAAAAGGCAUCAAAAGGUGUCCCAAUUCGCCAAACAAUCACAUCCUCUUUUCGGUCCAUCCUCUCAAAACCGUCGGGCUUCUUUCUCGGAACGCCCUUCCUCCUUAUCUAUGCCGUAUACACGUCAACCUACCUGACGGCCAACACAAUUGACACAGUUACCUCAACGCUGAAAGAUAAGCCCUUCUCAACAGUGUUUCCAGACACCGCGAAGUUCCUCACCACCACCGCCGUGAAUAUGGGUAUAUGCGUCUACAAAGACGCGCGGUUCGCAAGGUUAUUCGGCGCAAACCCCCAACCUCCCCAGCCUCAAGGCCCAUCAUCGACGAACGGGUCCCCCCCAACAAUACCACCAAGAACAACACCUCCAGCAUCAUGUCAUCCGUCCGGCGCGAUGGGAGCACCCAAAGUACCGAAAAUCUCAUACACCCUGUUCUGUCUCCGCGACAGCAUCACAAUCUUCGCCUCCUUCAAUAUUCCCGCCUUAAUUGCGCCGUCAAUACCGGACGCUGUCGCUGCAACGCCCGGGAUGAAGGCCGCUCUUGCGCAAUUCAGCUGUCCGGCGCUCAUGCAGUUCGCUAGUACGCCGAUGCAUCUGCUUGGGUUGGAUCUGUAUAACCGGCAACCGCCCGGUGGGCUCGGGUGGCGGGAGCGAGCGUUGCGGAUAAGGAGGGACUACGUGCCUAGCUGUUUUGCGCGAAUGGGGAAGAUUGUUCCUGCUUAUGGAGUUGGUGGUGUUGUUAAUAUUAGGAUGAGGGCUGGGUUGAUGGGUUAUCUUGAGGGAUUAGAGGCGUAA